AUGAAAAUAAUUUUGCUCUUGAUUGCUUUCUCGAUUCUGGCCACAGAAUGUUUUAUUAUACUGAAAGAAGGAAACACUGAUGCUGGUGGAUUUGUGCAGUGUUGCGGUAUCACUCCUGCGGUCAAGACACUGAAAUUGAGACAUGGAGAAGAUCAUCGUGAAGAUCGUUGUAAAUGCAAUUGUGGACCCGAUGAAGGAGACGGACCACAUGGACACGACUUUGUUGUUGUAUAUAAACACGGAGAUCAUUCUGGUGAAAACGGAUGUAACUGUCGGAAGGAGUGUUCAGGGAAAGAUACUGAGCAUCGUGGAGGAGAUGGACCACAUGGACAGUAA